AGAGCGACCAUUCGCGGGUGGAGGCUGAGAGAAAUUUAAAUCCCCCGGGUUGCGGUUGACACGCAAAAGGCGAAACAAAUCACGGUUAUUUCUUUCUUUUUGUUCAGAACGCAGUUUAACGGUGUAAAUGUGCGGUCGGUAGGGUGCGAGUGUUGAAGUUUUCGAGGGUUUUCGCCAUGGUGGUCGGGAAGCGGUUCCUGUGCGUGAGCGGAGAGGAGCCGCUGGAGCCCGCGCACAUCGCUCGCUGGUCAUGGCGAACCGGAGUCAUCCGAGCCGUCACUCACCGAGACCACGACAAUCCCGAACUCACGGUGUACGUGGAGUUUGACGACCUUGAGUGGGAGAAGCGUGAGUGGGUCAAGGUGUACGAAGACUUCCAGAUCUUUCUGCUGGAGCAUCAGCUGGUUUGGGCCAAAAGGAAGGAGGGUGCCCAGCUGCAGGGAACAAAAGCCAAGCAAAUCCAGUGGCCAGCUCUGACAUUCAAGCCUCUGGUUGGGAAGACAGUGUUUGGGUCCAUCACAGCCAUUGAGUUCUUCUCUGACAGACAUCUGGACUUCCUGACGGAUGAAGGAGCCUUUCAGCCUUAUCAGGAUGAGUUGGACAGUUUAAGUCCUGUUCUUAGGGACUAUCCACAUCUCCAUGAAGAAGUGAAAGCCUGGGUGAAAGAUCAAAAAGUUCAGGAAAUUUUUAUGCAAGGUCCCUAUUCAUUGAAUGGCUACCGUGUACGAGUUUACAGACAGGACUCAGCCACCCAGUGGUUCACGGGCAUCAUCACCCACCACGAUCUCUUCAGUCGCACUAUGGUUGUCAUGAAUGACCAGGUACUAGAGCCUCAGAACGUUGACCCUUCCAUGGUACAGAUGACCUUUCUGGAUGAUGUGGUCCAUUCUUUAUUGAAAGGAGAAAACAUCGGUAUCACGUCGCGACGCAGGUCUCGCUCUAGCCAGAACAGCAACACUGCCCACCAGACCACAGGAGGGAGACCAAGCGGCUCUACAGGAAUCACUCAGGGUCAUUACACACGUGCCCAGGCCAAUAGCCCCAGACCUGUAAUGAAUUCCUCUGGCUCCACCCCCAAACAGGCCUCUCAGGCUCAGCAGCAGCAGCAGCAACAAUCCCAGCAUGUGCAGCAGCAGGGAUUCCAGCAACACCAGCAGCAGCAGCAGCAGUCCUCACCAGGUCAACAACGCGGCCCACGAUCUUCACGUCGGAAAGGUUCCGAUAGCAGCGUUCCAGAUGAAGAGAAGAUCAAAGAUGAAAAAUCGGACAGUGGAGGAAAAGAUCCUUCUAAAAACAAAAGCAAGCAGACAAACAAGAGGAGGAAAGCAGAUGAAGAAGACAAGAAGGGUAGUCUCAAGCGGCUCAAAACAGAAGCGUCUGACCUCUCUGAGAGCAGCGACUCUGAGAACUGUAACAAGCAGAGCGUAGACUCUUCAUCAGAGCACAGUUCAGAGAAUGAGCUCAAAUGCAAGAGUGCUUCAAAAGUUUCUGAGGAAGAGGAGAAAUCCCAGGGAUCCAAGCCCGUGGACGAGUUGAGUGUAAUCAACAGGCUGUCUCCCUGGGAUGAAAUGCAGGAUAAAUGCGUCAAGCCGGUGGCCGUGGAGGUAACUCAGCUGGCUGACAGUGAACAGUCUGGAGAAAAGAGAUCUCAACUGCCUCCUCCGGCCUCCUGUACACAGAACCAAGCCUCUGUACCGGCAGAGGCCCAAAGCUGCAUUGUCGAGAUGAAAAGCACUGUGAAAACCCUCCCCAAGGACCAUUACUGCACAGGGACACCUCGGACACACACGCCCAAGUGCGUGAUUGAUAUCACAGAGGAUGCAAACACGCAGCCCAGUUCCAGAGAGAACUCUGAUGCCGUAUCGGCCUUGUUGGCAUCACAGAAGUGUGAUGCCUACAUCUCCGAAUCAAGACAUUUGGUGCUAAACGCCUCCCUCUCAGAGUGCAGGAGGCCGGAUGGCUCGCAGCAGCAGAACGCUCGCAGCAUAGGCAGUAAAAUUGAAUUCGCCCACUCUGAGGUCAUAAGGCCGGUGACAUCAGUGAGUGAGUCAGCAGCCCUGGGCGAGAGAGGGAAGCUCCAGCAGCAGUAUACAUCUAUGGUCAUUAAAAAUGCCUCACUAACCGAGGACAUCAGGAAAACCCAUAAACUCAGUCCUUCUCCUGAAUCGCCCAAACCUAAGUCCAACUCGUCCCCUGACGUCCUCAAGCCCAAGUGCAAUCCUUCACCUGACAUCAUGAAGUCAAAAACUCACAGUAUUCAUGAAUCCUCCAAGCCCAAACCAAAUACAUCCCCUGAGGUGUCCAAACAUAAACCUCGCCACCCUGAAAAUCUACCAACAAUAGGCCGUUUGCCACUCAAACCUGAUCCAGAUGUACCCCGUUCCAGUUUUAAGCCUGUGCUAGCCCGUGGGGCACUCUCUGAAUCCACAAAAAGCCCUCUUGUUGUCGACAAAAAUGAGCAUUUUACGGUGUACCGGGACCCUGCAUUGGUGCGUCCUGAAUCGGACAGCAACCACGUGGCGUACCUGCACCCACACCUGCAUUCACUACAUGGUUCUUCUCACACCACGUGUCUCACACCCAGCUCACACCACCCAUCCCACCUCCUCCCUUCUCCCUCCAUGAGCCACUCGGUGCACCACCCACACCUGCUGCCCUCCGUACUGCCCACAAUUUCACCAGCCUCUCUCCUGGGCAGCCAUUCCCGGCUGGAUUCCACAGGACUCGGGCACCUGGCCUUGGCCCACCACCAUUCCCACCACCAGCAGCAGCAGUUCAUCCAACAGCAACAAGGGUUGCUAGCCCAGACACAUGGAGGUGCCUCAUAUAACCAGCUUGGCCUCUAUCCCAUCAUCUGGCAGUACCCAAACGGUACACACUCCUACCAAUCUGGGUACAAGUGGGUACAUCCAGAGAAUGCUGUCAAUUCAGACUCCAGCCUACGGAGGAACACUCCCAGCCCCUGGCUGCACCAGCCCACCCCGGUAACCUCAGCAGACAACAUGGGGAUUUUGAGCCAUGUCCCGGGCAGACCAGCCAGUGCAGAGCCUCAUAGACCCAUCAAGAUCAGCUCACACUCCAGCCCGCCACUCUCCAAAACCCCUGGAGAACUCCACAAAGAGGAUCAGGACAAGAAUGUGUUUGUAGACCCUCUGCGUGGGCUGUCCAGUGUCCACCUUAAGCAAGAGCAGGACCGCAGCCGGACACCUAACAAUAAGGAGCUACAUCGCCUCUACAUGGAGCCACCCCACAGCAAGCAGCAACUACCACCACGCAUGCCUCAGGAUGGGCCCGACCGCACCAGCAAAUAUAAAGAAGAGAACCGCCGCAUCCUUCUGGAGAGCAUUGAAAUGGCCCCCUUCACAGCCAAGAUUCGCGCCGGAGAGACAGAGCGUGAGCCCUACUCCCGCAUGUCCUCCCAGCCCAAAAGCCAUGAGAAAGAGGUGGAGCACUCUGUAGCUGAUCUGUACAAGUACAAACACUCUAUAUCCCAGUCCCUCCCGCAAACCAACUACUUCACCACACUGUCAAAUAGCGUUGUAAACGAGCCACCACGGCUUUUCCAAUCCAAAGAUCUCAAUCCGUACUUCGACAAGGCACCUGCAACCUCUAGCCCCUUGUCUUUGAGCUCGUAUAACUCUAGCCACACCAAGUCUUUGUCCAAGCCUCCCCCUCUCAUUAAGCACCAGCCAGAAGGAGAGGGACUGGUGGGUAAGAUCACCGAACAGCUCAAUCAACAAGCACCCAUACACUCACUCAGUACCUCAGUGGUGACACUCAGUGAACGCUGCAGCCCAGCCAUCUCUCCCUCAAGUCAGCCUAAGGGCAUGCCAGCCUUGCGUAGAGCACCAGUCUUUCGCCCGCCCACCCAAAAAGCGAUUGACCGCAAGGAGGGGCCCUACGGUCGCCUUUCCCCACCCACACUCACCCCAAUCCAGCCUGUUAGCUCGGCAGGAAAGGUGUCAGAACAACAGAAACCACCCACCCUGCUCCCAGAGCUCAGGGACGAAAAAAGCGGAGCCGAGCUGGGCUCGGCAGAAUCCUGGCAGACUAGCGGGGAAGCAAAGAGCCACGAGAAAGUGGCCUGGCAUUCAGAGAAUAGCCAAGGGAAGCCGCAGGCAGCCAUGGCAUCUGUUAUUGUCCGCCCUUCUUCUUGCAUAAAAUAUGACGGUUCUCUAGGUCCCAAGAUUGCCUCCAAAGAGCAACUUGGUGGCAGAUUGUUUGCUGGCCGCACUCAGUCAGACUGCCUGAAAGUGGCCGGGAGGUGGGAAUCUGGGAGAGUCAUCCUACCAAACACAAAUUUGGAGGAUCCCAGUGAUCAGUACAACAAAAACCUGAUUAGAGCAUCACCAGGUGUCGUUCCCAGCUCAGUAGCAGUUGUGGCCAAUUCUGUGUGCAACACUAGGACUAAUGAAGCAAUUUCUACUGCCAGCAGCACGUUUAGCACGCAGAGCUACAAUGGAGCAGAUCUUUUGUUCACUAGUGAUAGUUCCAGACUGGAAAGCACUGCUUCCAAAAUCCGCCCUCCCGCUGUUGUUGAGUCACAGGAGGGAGGUUCGAGAACAACCUCCCCUAGUUCACUGUCUCAGGCCUGCUCUGCUGACUCCACACAGGCCUACUCAAAGAACUAUGUUCACCUGAAGAAGGCCAAAGCGGCUCUGGCUGCAGCACAGUCUCGUGGUUCCAGCAGCGCCUCUGAGAGUGAGAGCAGUAGUGUCAGAUCCUCUCAGGACUCGCCCACCAUUGCCCAGGAUAAUUCCAUGCCCAGCAAUCCUCCCAGCAAAGCCAGCCCAUUGCCCAACGGACAGCCAGCACAGGUGUGCCAGUCGAACUACCACAAGCUCAAGAAAGCCUGGCUCACACGACACUCGGAGGAGGACAAAAACACAAACAAAUCUGAAAAGGGUGGGAAUCCCAUAUCUGAGCUAAUUAAGCCAUGCUCCGUCAACCUGAUUGCCCCUGCACCUAGUGAUGUGGAUCUAGGCAAGGACAGCAAAGUACAAGAGGACAAGAUGUCUCAGGAGGACAGAAAGACACGGCGUACCCUCAAGCGUUCCUACGAAUCGGGCUCGGAGAGCGGCGAUGACUCCGACUCCAGUGAGAGCAAGCUUGAGCAAAGGACUAAACGGCAACCCAAGCCCACUUACAAAAAGAAGCAGAACGACCUGCAGAAAAGGAAGGGAGACAAUGAAAAGGAGGAGGAUGAGGUGAAGCCAAAUGGUAUUUUCCGGAGUGCCAAGGAAAAAACCAAACUCAAGCUGGCCAGUACUAAUGGCAUUCCCCGAUCAGUACUGAAGGACUGGAGGAAAGUAAAGAAGCUAAAACAGACGGGCGAGUCCUUCCUGCAGGAUGACUCGUGCUCUGAAAUCGGACCCAACUUACAGAAAUGCAGGGAGUGUCGUUCCAUCCGCACUAAGAAAGGGGAAGAGUCGGCCCACUCACCUGUCUUCUGCCGCUUCUACCACUUCCGUCGCCUCUCAUACAGUAAGAACGGAGUGAUCCGGAUUGAUGGCUUCUCCUCUCCUGAUCAAUAUGAUGAAGAGGCGCUCAGUCUCUGGGCUCCUGAUGGUUAUGAAGAAAACAACCUGGACCUGGAGACCUCUAAAUACAUCCUCAGCUACAUUGGAGACAAAUUCUGUCAGCUGGUUUUAACCGAGAAUAAUGCAACUACAUGGAUAAAGAAAGAUGCCAAGAUCGCCUGGAAAAGAGCGGUGCGCGGAGUGAGAGAGAGCUGCGACGCAUGUGAAGCCACAUUGUUUAACAUUCACUGGGUCUGCCAAAAAUGUGGAUUUGUGGUGUGUUUAGACUGUUACAAAGCCAAGGAGAGAAAGAGCUCCAAAGAUAAAGAGCUGUACACUUGGUUGAAGUGUGUCAAGGGACAGCCUCAUGAUCACAAGCACCUGAUGCCAACACAGAUCAUUCCAGGAACUGUUCUAACGGAUUUGGUGAACGCUAUGCACAUGCUCAGGGAGAAGUACAGCAUUAAAUCACACUGCUCGUGUGCUGUGAAGCAAAACACCCUCUUCAACAAACUGCCAUCCACCAAUGGCGUCUCCCAGGUGUUGCAGAACGUGCUCAAUCACAGCAACAAAAUCUCUCUGUGUAAGCCUGAGGGCGGCCAGCAGAACUCCUCUCUGAAGCUGGAGGCCAAUGGAGGGAGCAGUCCCGUCAGCGACACCAGCACUGACAGCAAGUUCACCCCGCCCGAGUCCCAAUCGCCUCUGCACUUCCUGGCCGAUCUGGCCGAGCAGAAGUCCCGCGAAGAAAAGAAGGAAAAUAAGGAGUCACUUGUAGGGAAGAUAAAAGAGGAGAAGGAUCAGUCAGAUCCUUUGGAGUCUCUGCACAGUAAAGCAUCAUCCCUGGAGCAGGGAUCAACCCUACGAGACCUCCUCACCACCACCGCAGGCAAGCUGCGCCUGGGCUCCACUGAUGCUGGCAUCGCAUUCGCUCCUGUGUAUUCCACUGCCUCACAGAUUGUCAAGAGUGGUCGCAGCAUGCCCAACAUCCUGGAUGACAUCAUCGCCUCUGUGGUGGAGAACAAGAUCCCGGCGGGCCGUGGCACCAAGCUGAACCUGAAGCACGAGCCUCUGGAGGAGCCCAAAGCGGAGAAAAAGAAAGCAGUGGAAGAAACACCCAAAGUGUACGCUGACAUCUCUCACUGCUGGCUUUACGAACGCAGGCUGCUCUGGCUCAAAGACCACCGCAAUAGCAACAACUGGAAACUUUUCAGGGAGUGCUGGAGACAAGGACAGCCUGUGCUGGUCUCUGGGGUGCACAAGAAACUCAACGCCAGCUUGUGGAAGGCAGAAUCCUUCAACCAAGAGUUUGCUGAUCACCAGGGAGACCUCUUGAACUGCAAAGAUGGAGUAAUGUCCAACUCAGGAGUCAAAGAAUUCUGGGACGGGUUUGAAGAUCUCACGAAGCGUCCCAAGUCUAAAGAUGGAGAAAGCGUGGUGUAUCGACUGAAAGACUGGCCCUCAGGCGAGGAGUUUAUGGCUUUGAUGCCCUCCAGGUAUGAUGAUCUCAUGAAGAACCUCCCCAUGCCUGAGUAUUCAGACCCCGAGGGAAACCUCAACCUGGCCUCCCAUCUGCCCUCCUUCUUUGUGAGGCCGGACCUGGGCCCGCGCCUCUGCUGUGCUUACGGUGUGGCGGCAUCUCAGGAGCAGGACUUUGGCACAGCUAGCCUGCACAUGGAGGUGUCUGACAUCAUCAGCGUUCUGGUUUAUGUUGGAGUGGCUAAAGGGAAUGGUGUCCUUUCCAAAACAGGAGUGCUGAAGAGGCUGGAGGAGGAAGACCUGGAUGACAACGUAAAGAAAAGAUUAAAGGACUCCAGCGAGACUCCCGGAGCCUUGUGGCACAUCUACACGAGCAAAGACGGCGAGAAGAUUAAAGAGUUCCUGCACAAGGUGGCGAAAGAGCAGGGCGUGGAGAUCCCAGCGGAUCACGACCCCAUCCGUGACCCGGGCUGGUACUUGAGCCGUAAGCUGCGUCAGCGUCUGCUGGAUGAACACGCCGUUCAGGGCUGGACUGUGGUGCAGUUUCUGGGAGAUUCAGUCCUGAUCCCAGCUGGAGCUCUGCACCAGGUGCAGAAUCUUCACAGCUGUGUCCAGGUGAUCAAUGACUUCGUCUCUCCGGAGCAUGUGGUGCAUUCGUUCCACUUAACCCAGGAACUCAGAUCCUCCAAAGAGGAAAUCAACUACGAAGAUAAGCUACAGGUCAAGAACAUCUUUUACCACUGCGUGAAGAAUGCCGUGGGAACGUUAAAGAGCUGCUGUGCAGAGGAGGAAGAGGAAGAGGAGACCAACUCAUGACACCCGUCGACACGUUCCCCCAAAUAUGCACACUAACGCUCACACCGCAAACCUCCAGUGCCAAGCAGAGAAAAAACACACACCAGGAAACUGUAUUUAUUUGUUACCGACACCAUAGCAGUAUAGCCCAUCAGGAUGACCGUGACCGACACGCCACACACCUGAAGAUAAUCCGACAGCGCCGCUGUCACAACUAGUGUUUGUUCGUCUGUUUGCUUUCGUUCCCCUUUCGUUCUUUCCUACUGUAUAGUUUCAGUGGAGAAUCGUAUUUAUUUUCAGGAGUUCUGCUCUGUUCUCGAUCAAAUGUAAAUGUGACCUGUACAGUUUGCUAAUGGAUUUCUGAUGCCGCUCACUACUUUGGAGACUUGGAGUUACUGUGAGAGAGAUCCGCUGUAUCAUGUCCUCAUGCCAUAUCUUUUGAGAAAAAGAACUGCCAAACAAUUGUAAACAUUGUAAAGUUCUAUAAUGUAAAGAAAGACUUAAUAAAUAACACUUCAGCAUUUUAUUAAGAAGUAUUCACUGUAAAAUGGAGACAUUUACAAAAAAAAGUUGUAAUUUAUUUAAGAAAACUCAUUUCUCCUUUUUAUGUUCAGAUUUACUAUGGUGAACUUUUGAAGUUCAAUGGAAAAAGGAAAUCGUACUAUGCUGUGUAAAUAUAUACAUAUAUACAUUCACUGAUGUAUUUUUUUAAACAUGGCUUGCUUCAAUUUCAAAUUUUAAAGUGCAAGUGUUACAUGCUUUGUACAUUGAAGUUCAAAGGGGUUUUACAUUUUCCAUUAAAAUGGAUUUAUCAAAUAUA